AAUAACAGAAAUGAGAAAUCUGAUGAAAACUGAUAAUAAAUGAUAACAAAGUUGUACCUACCUUUUAUCGCUCAUGAUUUCUAUUUAAAAUGUUAAUGUCUGUAAACUUCAAUAGAAGAAAUGCGAUACUUUGUUUAUAAUGCAAAUUUUCAAAUUCGCAAAGUAAUCGUUUACUAAUGUAUUUAAGAAAAAGCACCACCUUGAAAUAUCUCAUCGUUGCGCCGAUAGCAGCCGUUUUAUAUUGCGAAUGGUUCGUUUAUAUUAUUCAGCCAGUUUUCUGGAACAACUUGGAAUGCCGGGCAGCAGAUACCUCUUGUACAAAAAUAUUAUUUAUCGCAGAUCCUCAAAUACAGGGGGAUGAAGGUGCUCCAUCACCUCUUAAUCAUUUAUUCAACUGGGACUGUGAUAGAUAUUUGAGAUCAACAUUUUCAGUAGUUCUGAAGCACUUUCAGCCUGAUGUUCUGGUGUUUUUGGGAGAUUUAAUGGAUGAAGGGUCAAUAUCAUCUAUGAUACAGUUUCACAACUAUGUAAAAAGGCUAUCGAAUAUAUUUGAUGUUUAUUAUCCUAUUGUGCAAAUAUGGCUGCCUGGGGAUAACGAUAUUGGAGGUGAAAAUGAACCAAUUAGAAAGGAUAAAGUUAUUGAAUUCAAUAAAGUAUUUGAACAGCCCUCUGUUAUUAGCUACAGGAAUAUUUCAUUUUACAAAGUGAAUGCAGUCACCUACAGUGUCCCUCAAAUGCCUGACGUUGAGGACUUGAACCUGAGAAUGGCAUUAUCACAUUAUCCCAUACUGAACAAAGGUGGCUACGGCAAACAGGUACACAACGCUAUACACCCUGAUGUAUACUUCUGUGCACAUGAACACCAGUCCAAAUAUAUGAGACUCAAUAGAAACUUUGAGAGGAAGGAGACACAUUUAUUACAAUAUGUCGACUCUCCACUUGAAAUUGGAUUUGAUAACGAUUUUUUGUAUGAAAUAUAUGUUCCCACUUGUUCAUAUAGAAUGGGCACUGAUAAGAUUGGAUUUGGUGCUGCUAUAGUAGAAAACAACAACCAGCAAUUGAAGUACACAGUGUUUUGGUCACCAAAAAGAUUCCCCUAUUUAUAUUUAUACAUUUUUAUCGUCCUAGUAAUUAUUAUUUACAAUGUUUUCUUCUGUAUAAUCAAAACCUGUACUAGAUAUAAAAGAUUCGUCAAAUCUGAUGAUGUUCUACCUCUUCUUCAACGAAUUUGAAAGUAGAAGACCAAGCCCUCAGAUUUAUAUUUUGUUGUCUCAUGCAAAAGUAAAUUUUGUAUUGAGUUUUCUAUUUUUACUCUACAUGACAAAGUGAUAUUUAAUUUUGAACAUUCCAUAAUUUAUUUUCAUAACAGUGAUAUUUUUGUAUUUCAUUUAUUGAAGUAAUUUAAUAAACUUUGUAUUUUCUAAGAUAUAGUCAUAAAUCAUAAUGUUCCAAUUUAUGAAAACAAGACUUAUUGAAAGACUUAAAUUUUUAGGGCAGAUUAUUUUUGUCAAUAAUUAUAACAGGCAAGCAAUAUUAGGUUAAAAAUAAUAAUCAUGGAAAAAAAUGUUUAAAUUCCAUGUUCAUGUUACAUUAUUGUUGAUAU